CCUGACGCAAGGACGCACUCCUCAUCUCCUCUCCGGAGCAGCGCGCAGGGCUCAGAUCGAUAUGCCGGGGAGAGAGCCAUGAGGUCCCAGCAGACUGCCCCAAAACAGACCACGGAGCCGGAGAUGGAGCCGGAGGAGGGAAAGAUCUCGGUAUGGGUCUGCCGGGAGGAGAAGCUGGUCUCUGGGCUGACGAAGCGAACCACCUGCGCCGACGUGGUCAAAGUCCUGCUUGAAGAUCAGAACCUGCAGCAGGGCGCCUCGGCAGCGAUGCUGUCUGGCUCUCCUCAGUCCUACUGCGUGGUGGAGAAAUGGAGAGGCUUCGAGAGGAUUUUACCCAACAAGACCAAAAUCCUUCGGCUGUGGAGCGCCUGGGGAGACGAGCAAGAGAAUGUUCGCUUUGUCCUGGUGAAAAACGAGGCUUCGCUGCCCAACAACGGGCCCCGCAGCGCCGAGGCCCGAGUCGUCCAGAGCCGGGAGAGUGGUGGUCCGGGCGGCUUGCUCAAGGGUACCGCCCGGACCUGCUGGACCGCCGCGGCCGCCGCGGCCAACCUGUCCCAGGAGAAACAGCGGCGCAUCGUCAGGAAGGCCUUCAGAAAGUUGGACAAAAUGAACAAAAAGAAGGAGCAGACUGUUUCUAAAGAUAAAAGCUCGGUGGAAAAGAUGGAGACGUUGGUCCACUUGGUGAUUUCUCAGGACCACACCAUCCGCCAAUCUUGA